UCUUGCCGUGAGACAGCAGGAUUCGGGAGGGAUGCUCGCCAUGGCCGCUUACCGGGACUUCGACUAAGAGCUGGCAAUGAGGGCUCAGGGCUCCACCGGCCCCGCGCACCUGCGGUUCUCGCCUUACGCCUUCAAUGGAGGUACUGUAUUGGCAAUUGCUGGAGAAGAUUUUUCCAUUGUUGCUUCAGACACUCGGUUGAGUGAAGGGUUUUCAAUUCAUACCCGAGAUAGCCCCAAAUGUUAUAAACUAACAGACAAAACAGUCAUUGGCUGCAGUGGUUUUCAUGGAGAUUGUCUUACUCUGACGAAGAUUAUUGAAGCAAGAUUAAAGAUGUACAAGCACUCCAAUAACAAGGCCAUGACAGCCGGGGCGAUUGCUGCGGUGCUUUCCACCAUCCUCUACUCACGGCGCUUCUUCCCGUACUAUGUCUACAACAUCAUCAGUGGACUGGAUGAAGAAGGAAAGGGAGCUGUGUAUAGCUUUGACCCAGUGGGCUCCUGCCAGAGAGACUCCUUCAAGGCUGGGGGCUCAGCAAGUGCCAUGCUGCAGCCUCUGCUUGACAACCAGGUUGGUUUCAAAAAUAUGCAGAAUGUGGACCACGUGCCCCUGUCUCUGGACAGAGCUAUGCGGCUGGUGAAGGAUGUCUUCAUUUCUGCAGCUGAGAGGGACAUGUACACUGGCGAUGCCCUCAGGAUCUGCAUUGUGACCAAAGAGGGCAUCAGGGAGGAGACUGUUCCCCUGUGGAAAGACUGAU